AUGAAUAAACCAGAUGGAAUAACGUUGAUAGUGAAAUCCGCACCUCAAAUCAGAGAGUCGAGCGUUGAUGGCGUAACGUUGGAGGCUUCGACGGCUUCGACCGGCGACGAGCAGCACCAGUUUUGCGUGGGAAUUUGGCUAUGUCCGGCGGAGAUGGGAAAUAGGGAAGAGUUGUACGAGAGAGCGAUUAAAACCAAAGACUGCAGAGUUGCACAAGCUGGGUCUCUUCCCCGCCCAAGCAGCACUCAGUUUCUACAAUAUGAAGAGCUCAAAGAAGCAACAAACAACUUUGCACCCGCAAGCACGCUUGGGGAGGGCGGAUUCGACAGAGUUUUCAAGUGUGUUUUAACUGAUGGGAUGGUUGUAGCGAUUAAAAGGCUUAUCAGUGGAGGGCCUCAAGGAAAUAAAGAGUUUUUAGUUGAAGUUGGGAUUCUUAGCAUAUUGCAUCAUCGCAAUCUUGUGAAACUUGUAAGUUACUAUAUCAGUCGUGACUCUUCACAAAACCUGCUUUGUUAUGAGCUUGUUCCAAAUGGAAGUUUAGAAGCCUGGCUCCAAGGUAAUUUGCCUCUCUAA